CUUUGCGCUCCUAUAAAGUAAAGUGCAGGGCGAGCGGCGAACACGAGUCUCAGCUGUAAGCACGCUGCUGCUGCGUGUGUACACCACACGUGCGUGUGUGUGUAGGGCACACGUGUGCGCGUGUGUGUGUGUAGGGCACACGUGUGCGCGCGUGUGUGUGUAGGGCACACGGCCAUAGGUACACGAGUGGACGCGCUUCAUUCUUGACGCCCGACGUAAUCUCCCUCCCUCUCGCGCGUGUGUCAACCAGCGACUCGGUUUACCCAGUGCGACUCCGCGUCUCGAGCGCACAACACGCGUGCGACACGUCGCUUCUUCUCGCAAGCUGCCUCUCUCUCUCUCUCUCCCACCGAGAGGCGCGGGUUGUUAGCAACAGGUAACAAACUCGCCGACAGCCACAGCCAAGGGCAAGCAGCUGGAGAGGCAGAUACAUAGAGAGACACAUACGCAACGGAGAGCCAUGCCAGUCUCGCCGCGGAAGCCGGUGAUGUCCCUGCUGCUGCUGCUGCUGCUGGUGCUGUGUGGGACGAGCUGCGGGGCUCGCCCGGGUGAAGGGGGCCGCUGCCCCCCGCGAUGCCGCUGCCAGGAGGAGCCCCGCGUCCUCAGAGUCGACUGCUCCGAGCUGGGGCUCACGUGCCUCCCCGCGGGCAUCAGCCCGCUCACCACCUUCCUAGACCUGAGCAUGAACAACCUGACGUCACUGAAGCCGUUUGCAUUCAGCCACCUGCCGCUACUGCAAGAACUGCGAUUGGCUGGCAAUGACUUGGCCCAUGUACCCAAGAGCUCCUUUGCAGGACUGGGCAGCUUAAGAGUGCUAAUGCUGCAGAACAACCAGCUGAGGGAGGUGCCCAGAGAGGCCCUGCGAGACACCACGGGGCUCCAUUCUCUACGCCUGGACGCCAACCACCUGACGCGCUUGCCGGCGGGCAGCCUGCGCGGCGUGGCCGGCCUGCGCCACCUGUGGCUGGACGACAACGCGCUGACGGAGGUGCCCGUGGGCCCGCUCAACGAGCUGCCAGCCCUUCAGGCCCUCACGCUCGCCCUCAACCGCAUCGCGCACAUCCCCAACGGCGCCUUCCGCAACCUCUCCGGCCUCGUCGUGCUGCACCUGCACAAUAACCAGAUCCAGAGCCUUGGUGAUCGCUGCUUCAAUGGCCUGCACAACCUUGAGACUCUGGAUCUUAACUACAAUCAGCUCUCUCAGUUCCCAAAGGCCAUCAAAGACCUGCCUAACCUUAGGGAGCUAGCAUUUCACAGCAACAGAAUCGAGAUGAUUCCUGAGCAUGCAUUUCGGAGCAACCCACUCCUCAAAACCAUCCAUUUCUAUGACAAUCCCAUCCGAGUUGUGGGGAAGACUGCGUUCCAGAACCUGGCGGAGCUGCAGACUCUACUGCUCCGUGGGGCUGCUGAAGUCGACUUUCUGCCGAUCCUGAAUGGCACGACGAACCUGGAAAGCCUCACUCUAACUGGGACCAACAUUUCUUCACUUCCCCAAGACUUCUGCAAGCAAAUGCACAAGCUGCAAGUGCUAGACCUGUCUAAUAACCACAUCCAGACUCACAGCCUCCAGGGAUGCCUGGCUCUCGAGGAGAUAUCUCUGCAGAACAACGAAUUGAAAGAAAUUGGGGAAGACACUUUUCAAUACCUCGCCUUUUUGAAAUCACUGGAUCUGAGCGAGAACAACAUCCAAGAGGUCCACCCACACGCCUUCCUCACCCUGCGCGGCCUCGGAAAACUAGACUUGAGUUCCAACGGACUAUCGUGGGUGCCAACGGAAGGGCUGGAGGGACUGGUGCACCUCAAGCUGGGGGGAAACCCCGCACUCAUCCACCUCAACCCCACUCAGCACUUCCCUCACCUCCGGACACUGGAGGUGCCCUUUGCAUACCAAUGCUGCGCUUAUGGCUACUGUGACACGCCUGUCUCUGCACAAAACCAGUGGCUCUCAGACGGAGAGGAUAUCCACAAGAGAGAUGUUCAAACGUACCUUGGCCAACCGGACAUCUACGAUCUGGAUUCUGAUGAGUUCUUCUUGGAGCUGGAGGAUGAUCUCAAAUUACAGCAUACUGUGCAUUGCACACCAACGCCAGGGGCCUUCAAGCCAUGCGAGUACCUGCUGGGCAGCUGGAUGGUGCGCCUGGGCGUGUGGUUCAUCUUCCUGCUCGCCAUCUCGACCAACGCCAUGGUGGCGCUUGCCACGUUCUGCUCGUGCCAGCGGCUCACCUCCCUGCGCCUGCUGCUGGGCCUCCUGUCGCUCGCCAACCUGCUGACGGGCGUUUACAGCGGCGCGAUGGCCGGCCUCGACGCCGCGACCUACGGCCGUUUCGCCGAGUUCGGCGCGCGCUGGGAGACGGGAGUCGGCUGCCGGGCACUGGGAUUCACGGCCGUGUUCGCCUCCGAGUCGUCCAUCUUCCUGCUGGCGGCGGCCGCGCUGGAGCGGGCCCUGAGCGUAGGGCGGCUGUCCAGGCACGGCAAGGCCCCGUCGAUGCUGCCGGCUUGGGUCAUGGCCGGCAUCGUUCUGGCGCUAGCGGUGGCCUUGGCCGCGUUGCCUCUGUUCCACGUCGGCAACUACGGGCAGUCUCCGCUCUGCCUGCCACUUCCCAACGGAGACAGCUCGUCCCUGGCUUACCUUGCCACGUUGGUGUUGCUCAAUUCGCUCGCAUUCCUCAGCAUGGCCAUCACCUACACCUGGCUCUACUGCUCACUGGAGAAGGAAGAUCCACUAGAUCCCAGCGAAGGGGCCAUGGUGAAGCACGUGGCCUGGCUGAUCUUCAUCGACUGCGUACUUUACUGUCCUGUGGCCUUCUUUUCCUUUGCAGGACUGCUACGUUUAGUCCUCGUGGAGCCUGAGGUGCCCAGGACCCUACUUUUACUGCUGUCCCCUCUCCCUGCCUGCCUCAACCCUCUGCUCUACCUGCUCUUCACCCCGCUCGCACGACAGGACCUCAGCCACCUGUGGAAGCGGCUGGUGUGGCGGCACUACCGCGGCCCUGACGACGCCGGCUGCGAUAGCUCCUCCACCAUUUCUGCCGAAGCGACGCAGCUCUCGUCCGACCCGCUGGUGCAGGAGGUCUGGAAGCCCCUGUGGUCACCGGGGGUGCGGCUGGUGCCUUGCCAGCAGAGCAGGCGAGGGGGAGGGAGGGGUUCGUGUGACUCGGCCUACACAGACGAAGAGGGCUCGGUUAUCUCCGACGCCUCGUCCGAGCAGCUGCAAGCCUGCACCCGGGCCUGCUUCUACCAGCCACGGGGGAAGCUGCUGCCCUAAGUGGUGCCGGCAAAUGGACAUGUGCACAACACACGAAAAGCAGGCAGGCAGUGAUGCUACUGCCACUGCCAGACAAGAGCUUCUGACCAUUCAUUCGAGUCAUCUCGUGUUAUGGGAAGCACCAAGAACCGUACAUGCUCGCAUAAGGCACUCUUAUAAAGAAUGCAGAUGUUUUUCCAUCCAUCCUUCCCGACUCCAUUACCACACUUUACCCACCUCCCCUUGCCCAUGUUACCGUCUUGACUAAGUAGACACUUUUACAGAUGUAACCUGAUGUAUAAUCUGCUUGCAAGUAUUUAGUUGAAUGCUAACAGCAUGGGUUAUGUCCAUCCAGUCCAGUGACCGUUGUUAUCUACGACUCACUCAUGAAGGAGAAUCACAAUGGCGAUAGAGAUGAACCGUCUGUGAUUAACAAACAUCAUAACCAUACAAACUAGUGUUGAUGGUGUUUUGUGGAAAAGUUCCAGGUGUUGUAUCUUUUUGUGAAUUUGUGAACUUCAGAAAUCCCGCAUCUAUGUCCACAACUCCCACACUUCUGCUCUACUCUCCCAACUCCACUGGCUCCUUGUCCACUAUUUCUGUUUUUUUAAAUUUCGCACUCUCAUUUAUAAAUCCUUCCACGGUCUUGCCCCAUCAUAUCUUGCUUCUCUCAUCUCUCACUACCCUGUCCCAUCCCGUCCUCCACUCUCCCAAUAUCUACCGUCCUUCUCUGUGCCACCCUCGCCCUGUGCCCAGUCUCGUUGUCCCGUUGCUUUUCCCGUCUUGCUCCCCUACCCUGGAACCAGCACCCACUGCAGCACACGGAGCAAGCAUCCUCACUAACCUGCUUCCACUUUUCCCUUAAAACAACCCCCAUUUCUUCUCCCUUGCCUAUCCUACUGCUACUCCCUGCCCUGGCCCCCCAGCUACGACCAGGCCUACCCCGACCGCUGUCACAAUCCCUAUUCCUACCACAACCCCUAUCACUACCCCUAUCACUACCCCUAUUACUACCCCUAUCACUACCCCUAUUACUACCCCUAUCACUACCCCUACCACUAUUCCUGUCACUACCCUGACCGCUGUCACUACUCCUUAAACACUCCCACCUGUCCUCCUCACUAUCACCCAAACUACACCACCACUUUUAAUAACCCCACUCUUUUUUACCACUAUCAUCUAAUCUACAACUUUGAAUAAGUGUAAAGCGCCUUGGACUAAGGCGCUAUAUGAAUCUAUUUACAUGUUAACACCUCUCGCCCACAAAACCUUGUUAUUGAGACCCCAGUGAUAUUUGCCUUCAUAAAAGAUUAAAAUAAUGGUAUUCGCGGUCUGACUGCAAUCAGCUAGCAGUGUAAUCGAAGGUCACGCUUUGACCUGAAAUUUUUUUUUUCGUGAAAGAAUUGAUAAUAGGGUUGAAAAACUAACUGCAAUACUACCCUUUCAUUUUAAUCAAAGAAAACAUAUUCUGCUUUGAAUAAAUAAUGAUAAAAACCCAAGAUUUUUUCUUCAACAGUUAUUCGAAAGAGCAGGGGGAAAGAAAGGUGGCAUAAUAUGGAAAACGACAGAUUGCAACGUUGACAUUCAACAGUGCAGUGAAGCAAAACGUUCAUAAUUUGACAUUAAUCACUUUUCAUCUGGCAGAUAUUACUUGAUAAAUAUACCGUUCAAAAACAAGCCAAAUUAAUUCUGAAUAAAGUAUGUAAAGAAGAUUCAUGCAAUACACAUUUCACAUUUUAGUUGGUAUGUCAAUUUGCUUAACACGACAUUGUUCUUAUGUUGGCAAUCUGUUACUGCUGCGUCUGCUGCUCUAAAACCACGUUGAUACGAACGUUUGGGCAAACCUUUUGCAAUCACCCAUUUCCAACACCGAUAUGUGGUGUAUAAACAACAGUUCAUAAUUUUAAUAUCCUCACUCUGCUGCGUUCAAUUCACAAUGUUCAAAUGAUUAUUUAAGGACACAUUUGAUAAACAAUGCAAGUUUAACCGUGGUAUUUUUAAAAUAUAUAUUUUGUUAUCAUAUACUGAUACUUGGUCGAGUAAGCAGCCGGAUAUAACCUUUGUUUAAAAAAUACCACUGUAAAAGCAUUGUAUGGGGAUGAUCAUAAACUCACCAACAAUAGUUAGGUUAACAUCUAUAAAGAGUGAGGAGGGGACUGUUUGAAAACCUUUCUGACAGCCGUGGCUAACAAUACAAGCAAUCGGAGUGUACGUUAGAGAUAACAGCAUGCUUAAAAUGUUUGUAUCUGUGCCUGUCCACUUGAGACUCAAUAGGUGUUGUAUUGUGGGAUGAAUGCAGAUCCAGACAUGACCAUUUGUCCACGCCUCAUUACCUAAUCACGUUAUUCACCAACAUCACUGGAAAACCUUCAAGAGGAAACAUGACUGCAACUGACACCACAGGCUUACACAUAUUGGCCGAAUACACAUUUGCAAAUAACUCGCACUCGUUUUUACGAAUUGGGUGAACACUAUCUCCAGUAACCUGGACAUUCUGUGUAUUAGACCACCACAAUAUGUAGAAUUGGAGCUUAGUUGUUGUCUAGAAUGUAUAGCAAAUUAACCUAAUUUAUUUUAGCUUCGGAAGCACGAGAUAAAGGCUACUCUUCUGAAGUCCAGCGGGCUGAAUAGUACCAUCGUGGAAGAAGGCAUUCUUCCUUGGAAACACUAAAUGUCAUGUAAAGUGAACGCUUUUAGCCAUGUUUCUUAUCAGACAAGCUUCUUUGCUGUGAGAAGCACAUUUUUGCUGGAGUGGAUCAGAUAUCGGGAAGUUUGGAAAAUUGCUAAAACUUGUGCAACGGUAAGACCAGUUAAACAGCCAUAUUUUGGGGGGAAUGGUUUAUCUCUGGCUUAAUUGCUAAAUACGUUAUAUUAUCCCCAGUGCUAUCUUGGCUGGAGUGCAUUCCACAAACAACUGGUUAUUUAAACAGAACAGUUAUCAAUUGUGCAAUACAUUGCCGAAUUAUGAAAAAAAUAAUCAUAAGUGAUUCUCAGCAAGGUCUUAACUGACAUACAAGGAGUUAUGAAGGCAGCAUAGUAACAACAGAACGCUCUUACCAGUAUACUUUUAAUGGAUUUAAAAUUAAACUAUAUUUUAGGAAGUGCAUAUCUCCAGGAAAAUGUAAGCAAAGUCUAUAUGGGUACAGUAUAUUUUUUAUAUACAUAUUGAAAUUUAACUGUACUAACUUGUAUUUAUUUUCAUGGUUGAGUGAGUAUACCCAUUGUUACAAUUGUGGGGUAUAGUGCAACAGAGUGCUUUACAGUUACCAUAUUACAUACACAGUAAAGUCUAUAUUAAAUGUAAAUCACAGAUUGAUUUAAAAGCAUGCAAUAUAAAGGGAACUGCUGUGAUGUUUUUUUUGUUUUAUUUUGUUUAAAAAAAACAUGCUGGCUAUAUCUACUCUUUGCCCGUUAUGAUAGCGUGUAUAUACCGUGUAUUUAUUCAAAUGUAGAGACUCCUAAGAUUGUUGAUAAUUUGAGGGAUGUACAGACUCAGUCCUCUGCUAGCCUUUGUGCUGUGAUUGCUAAAGGAUGCUGUAGAUGACUACAUUAAAAAAGAGAUGAUCUAUUGUCUAUAUAUUAAUAUUCAGUGAACCGUAUCCUAUUUUGUUUUCAGAAAUCGUUUCUGGCAUUUUGUAUUUUGUUGAAGUGACAUGGGCCUUUAUAUUACAUUGAAAAUAAACUUUUAAAAAAUC